AAAGCCCUGGAGUCAGGCAUGUGAAGUUAAGAGUGCGUUUGUGAAUGGUUCUUCAAAAUCACUGUGUUCCUGCUACGUUUCUACAACCCAGCUUUAUUGUUCUCCAAGGACGUACGUAGAUUUGGUGGGAUCUGGUUGCCUGAAAAAAGUGAAAAGGUGUUCCAGGACACUGCACUGCGAGAUCAUAAAGGGUGCUCUGCAACAACAUAACAAUGACAACUGUGCCUUCAGCUGGCUGCCUUUUAGCCAAGAACCACUAUUACAGAACACGAUUGAAUUCUGAAUCCAGUGUUUCUUCAAGCAGUUCAUCUUCCUCUUCUGAUCCCAUGCCAUUCUCAGACCAGGAAAAAAAUCAUCAUGGCCUACCUGAAAUAUUUGAAAAGUGCUGGUGGAUAAAAAGCUUUUUUCAUAGUGAGCCAACACCUCCAAAUGUAGGCAGAAAAACCUUAUCAGCCAGCAGUACUAACAGCUGAUUGGGAUAUCAAGUUGAAAGUUCCUGCUGGGACAUUAUAGACAGUCAUGUCUUGAAAUGAAUUCACUUCUGUGAAGAAAAUGAACUACUUGAGGAUUCAGUUGUAGAAGAAAUACAGAUUAUCAAGGAUUUAAUCAGAGCUUAUUCAACAAGCAACCAUCUUUACAGUGUCUGCUGCAAGAAUUCUUGAUAAUGAACAGGUGUCCUAUGUUUCAUAAUUUUUGUGUUUCACAAGAGAAAAUGCAAAUGCAAAGUGUAGUGGGAUAUGGUAUAUCUGAUGAUUUGGGAUAUCUUUUACUAAACUGAAAUGCUGUAGAUUUUUUGGGUCAAAAUCUUUUAAUGUUAACAUGCAUUUUAUACAAUGGUGCCUUUUUACUUAGCAAAAUAUACCACCUCUUUCCACAGAAUUUAAGUUUGGAAUGUUAACUAUAAUAAUCUUCUACUCAUGAAUAAUUUACUUAAAUGCCAAAUACAAAUUUCUCUUACUUGUCAACAGCUAGAAGAAAGCUGGUUAAGGCAUUAUUUAUGAUCCACAUUAAAAAACAAAAAUGGAAUAUACAUAGUAUUAAACUCCUUAUCUGAUUCUAAUUCUACUAUUUGCAUUGGAGCUUUAUUUCAUAGGUAUGUUACUAUUGUAUAUUACUGCUUUGACAUCAAAUAGUGUACAAUUUAUAUCAACUCUUCAAAUUAGAGAUAAUUUAAAAAACUCUGGAUUAAUUUUUAUUUUAUUUUUGAUGUAUACUAUUCUGUUUCAAAGCAUAGGAAAAAAACAGACCCAUGUUCUGCUUUGUAGGAGUUGUAAGUUUUAUUUACUUAUAAGGAAUAUAUAUUUGUAUCACAUGAGAAAAUCUGUGAGUGCUGAAUAUUCUAAAUUGAAUUAUUUAAUAUAUUGAUGAUGCUUCUAAUGUUCCUUUGUUAUCCUUUUAUUCUUCUGAUUAAUUAUACACAAUGUUCUGUAGUAUGAAUGAAUAGUAACAUCAAGUUUGAACAAUUUUGCUUUAUCAAAUUAUUACUUACCUGGAUGCAAUAUUGCUGACUGCAUACCUGGAUGCAUAAUGCUUUAAACACACACACACACACACACACACACACACACACACACACACACACACUGUAUACCCCUCUAGUGGAAAGAGAUUAAUAUAGCACAAUAAAAUAUAA